CAAGUCUUUGCUGUUUGUAUCAAACGAGUCACAGACGAAGGUCAUUCGUGGAAGUCUGCAUGCAGUCAAGGGUACAUAACCCCCCCAUUGUGUGCUCUUGAUGCAGUGCAGUAGGAAUAAGAAGUGUCAUAUUGAUUUGCCCUGGAACUUGGCUGCUAACUACAGCCACAAUUACGAUGGCAUCGCCUCGCCGUAGGCUGCUUUGAUCGUGGUUGUUUCAGAGGAGAGCCCCUCGAUAGGCCUCUGCGGCCUUUGGACAAUCCUUAAAUAAAAAUCAAUCAAUCAAUUAGUAGGACGCGACGAACACUCUCACUUCCUGUAGAUCUACAAACAGAACAUGGGACAGCAUGAACUAGAAGUAAGGACCUCUCGUGGUGAGAUUGUGCAAACAGGUGCCGCUGCUGGCACAGCAAGGAUGGAGUCAACAGACGACCUAACACCGUUGAAACAUGACGUCGACGCUGCCGAGCAGCAUGUGCAAGAAGAAGAGUCCACUGGCGCGGUGGAGGCAGAACGUGCGGCGCUAUCGAGACGCAAGCUCCUGCUAGGAAUUCCCAUCGUGAUUGGCAUCGCCAUCACCUGGGCCGGCGCCACACAGACGGGAAAGAGCACUUUCACGCCGACGUUCAAUGGGCCCUUCUUCACCAUCUGGUUCUCAACGUCGUUCAUGCUCCUCUGCUUUCCCGUAUACCUCGUUGCCAAGUGUACCAUUGGUCGUGCUGCACCAAAGGACGUCUUCCGGUCUGGCUAUAGCGUUCUGGCAAGCUACAAGCUCAGCCCGCCUACAAGGCACACUCCACUUCACAAUCACGAACCCGUGUACAAUCUGAGAUACUUCCUAGUUCAGUCGUGUAUCGUCGUGGGGCCGUUCUGCUUGCUGUGGAUGGUAACAAAUUACUGCUACCUGAGAGCCCUGGCAAGCAUUGCACCAGCGGAUGUGACGGCGCUGUUCUCCUCUGCACCUGCUUUUGUCUACAUCUUCUCGCACUUCUUUCUGAAGGAGCCGUUUGUUUUGAUCCGGCCCAUCGCUGUCCUACUCGCUAUUGUCGGCAUCGUGCUGUUUGCUUAUUCUGAUGGUUUCGAGGCGGCUUCAGUGCAAGGUGUGUUGUUGUCAGUGGCAGCAGCCAUAGGUGCUGGCCUCUACAAAACGCUGUUCAAGCGCGCUGUCGGUGAUGCUGAUAUCGGUCAGGUCUCCUUCUUCCUGUCCACCUUGGCCGCGCUCAGUACGUUUGUUCUGUGGCCUGUUGUGCUGGCGUUGGCCUGGACAGGUAUUGAACAUUUGCAUGAUCUGCCCUGGGAGUUUCUCAUGCCCAACGCCAUCCUCGGCCUGCUGUUCAAUUUCCUGAUCAACUUUGGCAUUGCAUUCACGUAUCCGCUCUUCAUCUCGUUCGGCACCGUCGUAGGUUUCCCGGUCAAUGCCCUGGCUGACUAUUUGUUCCGCCACGUCUCCAUCACUGAGUUCAAGUUGGUAUCGGCCGCCUAUAUUCUAUCAGCUUUUUUCCUCAUGCUGAUGACUCCGAGGGCAUCCAAGUAUGUGGCACACGGCUUGGUCACUGUCUUCUGUUGCCGUUGGAAGCGGUUCACAGAAGAACAUGAGCUGCCCGUGUAAAUACUCGUGUACUGGUAAUAAUGGCCGAGCCAAUCGCGUACACGUGGCUCUGUUGUCGGACUUGCCGCCUGUAUUUUAACACGCACAGCCGGCUAGUGGUUCUAUGGCAAUGUGCUGUGACCGCCUUGUGACAACGUACACUCGUUGGGGCCUUGUGUUGCAUCCACGGAAGACUACUGACUUAAUGCUCGGCGUGCGUGUCAAUAAUUAACCUCAGGUGGACAGAGUAAUGUUUGGUUGAUGCGCUGCCAAGAGUAGCUAAGUACAUGUGAGGAUACAUCCCUUGCGUACUUGUUGCGUUGGAAUCGUAGCUCCGCUAUUAAUACUUUUACAGUAGUUUAAUUUAUUUGAAGAUUGCGGGUUCUUUUGGCCCAAGUUUUGGGUGAAUUAUUGUUGAGCCUUUUCCAAAGAGUUUUUCAAAAUGUUAAUUAUUUUUAUAAUUCUGGUAUACUGACUAAGCCAAUGGCGGACACGUACGUGGCUCUGCUGUCGGACUUACCGGCUGUAUCUUAACAUGCACGGCAAUUUUAUUAUGUGAAAAAAAGCUUCUCAUUCCAAGUAUAUAUUCCAGCCCUGUCAUUCAAACACAUAUCAGCGAUUCUGUAACUUGAUAAUCCCAACACCAAGUCGCUGGGUUUUGUAUAUCAAAAGCUAUACAUCAAACGGUACAUUCUAAUAAUUUUAUGUCUUGUCAACACGA